AUGUGCACCAUCCUCGACUCCGGCUCCGUCCUCAUCACCACCCCCCCAACCCGCUCCCACUCAUGGGCCGUGGUGAAGAAAGUAAAGUUGUACGACUUUUCGUGGCCGAGAGCGGGCAUGUUCAUCUGGUUGAGGAUGCACUUCUUUUCACAUCCUUUGUUCCCCGUUUUCAAGUCUGCCUUGUCAACCGCGUUGAUGGUCUGGCUUACGGGGGGGGACUACAAGGUCUUGGUCACGACGGGGGCAAUCUUCGCUGCGAAUGACGAGAUCAAGGAGAGGGAAGGGUGGGAGUACUUCAGGCUUUGUUUUGCUGCCGAGGAGGAGGAGAAUGUCGACUUGGCUGCCGAGAGGUUUGUGGAGGGGGUGAAGGCGUUUUGGGAGGUGAGGGAUCAUGAGGUUAUCAAGAAGCUGCUGGAGGAGGUGAAGAGUGACGACGAGGUGGUUGGGGAGCAAGAGGGGUUGGUGAAUCUGGCUGGGUUCAUGGGGUGUUAA